ACUGGUGUUGAUUAUCAGUUUUUUACAGAUCAUGAAACCAACGCAGUUUGACUCGCGAAGCGAAUUAUGAUCAGGGACAGGAUUCGAACCUAGGAACCUUGACUUCCCUCGGCAUAGCAUCUGCCACUCGGUUUGCUUCUGUUUUUAAAAAUAGAAUUUUGAAAAAAAUGGCACAAACAAUCCAUGAAUUUAUCUUCGAAAAUGUUUCAAAUAGUGAAGAAGAAGAAAAAACAAGAAACAGCAGCGGGAGCAGCCGCAGCCGCCGCCACGAAUCUACUGGCCCGUCAGUACGGCCCUCGGGGCAGCUUUACCUUCACCUCCCAGUCUCCUGGAGAGCACCAGAUCUGCCUUCACCUCGAGUCCAUCCGGUUCGCCCUCUUCUAUGACGGCAAGCUGGCCAUUCACUUGGACAUGCAGUUGGGUGAACACACCAAUGAUUAUACGGAACUUGCAGCCAAUGACAAGCUGACCCUGCUGCAUCUGCGCAUACAGCAGCUGGUGGAGCAAGUGGAGAAGAUCCAGAAGGAGCAGGAGUACCAGAGGUGGCGAGAAGAGCGCUUCCGGCAGACCAGCGAGAGCACCAACCAGCGGGUGCUGUGGUGGUUCAUUCUGCAGACCUUCAUCCUUGUGGCCACUGGCAUCUGGCAGAUGCAGCACCUCAAGAGCUUCUUUAAAGCCAAGAAGUUGGUGUAGAUGAGCCCCAGAGACCAGAGGCUUAGCCCCCACUCAUUCCCCUUCUGCUGAAUAAUGGGAAGUGGCCUGACCUGGUCUGUCUCCUGGCUUCUCCCACCCCU